AUAAUUGCAGACAAAAUCUCCCAUUAGGCAACACAACCAUAGAAUCAGAAACAUCAUGUGCUACGACGGUUAUUUCCAUCCAACAUUGACACAAGAAUACAGAGAAUCCCCAUUUGCAACACACUGCAUGUUUACACUGAAGAUCCUCUUCCUCCUAAUCCAUGGGAUGGACUGACCUACCAGGAUGCUGACAUUUUGAAUUGGGAAAGCGGUGGCAGAGUAUUCUUAUCUAAUGUGUUGCAAGGGCAGAAAUUAAGAAUCUCAACUGGCUCCCAUUGGCUCUUCUUUUCCAGGAUAGCUUCCAUUCUUUUGUGUGUCACCUAUAGAAAUACCUAGUUGAUUACAUAUUAAAUUGUUGUUCCAGCUGUCCCAGUUAUUCCGGUUAAUGAAUAACCUGAGCGGGAGGGCGGUGAGCAUAAUGAACUGAGAGUCCAGAUACGUACUUGCUACUGGAAACUUGUAGACAGACUCUUUGUCCUUAAGAGUAAGCAGAAGCCCAGUCAUGAAUCCAUCUGAUACACAGAGGAAAAAAGUAGCUAUUAUCGGAGGAGGAUUGGUAGGUUCUUUAAAUGCUUGCUUCUUUGCGAAAAGAGGUUUUGUAGUGGAACUGUAUGAAAGCAGACCAGAUAUCCGUACUUCUAAUGCUAUUCGUGGCAGAAGCAUUAAUUUGGCCCUUUCUCAUCGGGGAAGGCAAGCUCUCAAGGCUGUUGGGAUGGAAGAUCAGAUUGUGUCUAAAGGCAUCCCCAUGAGGGCAAGAAGGAUCCACACACUCUCAGGCAAACAAUAUGCGAUUCCCUAUGGAACAAAAAAACAGUAUAUUCUCUCUGUCGAUAGAGCAAAUUUAAACAAAGAGCUUCUAAAUGCUGCUGAGAAAUAUCCCAACACUACAUUAUACUUUGGACACAAACUGCUUCAUUGCAAUGUAGAAUCAGGGCUAUUGGACUUUUCAAGAUCAGACCAGACAAGAAGAGAGGUCUCUUGUGAUCUUAUUGUGGGUUGUGAUGGAGCUUUUUCUACAGUUAGGAAGCAGUUUGUGAGACAAACACGUUUCAAUUACAGCCAGACCUAUAUUACUCAUGGAUAUAAGGAGCUGAAAAUCCCCCCAAAGGAUGGAGAUUUUGCCAUGGAGCCAAAUUUUCUGCACAUUUGGCCAAGGAACUCAUUCAUGAUGAUUGCGCUGCCAAACAUGGACAAGUCAUUCACAUGUACUCUCUUCAUGCCUUUUGAUGAUUUUGAGAAGCUCACAAAUGGAGACCAAGUGUUGGAUUUCUUCAAAAUGUAUUUUCCAGACGCAAUCCCUCUAAUGGGAAGGCAGGAAUUGAUACAAGAAUACUUUUUGCUACCACCCCAGGCCAUGAUCUCUGUGAAAUGCUCCUCAUAUCAUAUUGCCUCUCGCUGUGUCCUGAUGGGAGAUGCAGCACACGCACUUGUCCCCUUCUAUGGCCAAGGCAUGAAUUCCGGAUUUGAAGAUUGCCUGGUUUUUGAUGAAUUAAUGGAGAAGUUCCAAAAUGAUUUCAGUCCUUGCCUUCCAGAGUUUUCAAGACUGAGAGUGCCUGAUGACCAUGCAAUCUCAGAUUUAUCCAUGUACAAUUAUGUAGAGAUGCGUGAGCUUGUUAAUUCAAGGUGGUUCAUCUUUCGGAAAAAAAUAUUCAACUUACUUCAUGCCCUCUUCCCCUACACAGUCAUCCCUCUGUAUACCAUGGUCACCUUCUCCAGAAUCCGGUAUCAUGAAGCUGUGCAAAGAUGGAAGUGGCAGGAUAAGGUAAUAAACAGAGGCCUUUUCUGCAUUGGAGCAGUGACAGCACUGAGUGGCAUCUAUCUACUAAGAAAUGUGAUAAAGCAACAAACCGAUUUCAUUAUCAAGAAUAUGUGGAGAGGAGAUAGCUUUAAAAUCUUUGGGAAUGUUCCACGAUUCUACUGAAAGCAUAACAGAGAAAGAGAAGCCUCACGUCUCAAAUGAACUCCUGUUUUUAAUAUUCAUUUUUCCCCAAGUCCACAUGUGUGAAGGGAGGAACUGGGCAAGCCUGGUUUGUUCCAGCCAAUCCCAUCUUUGAUGAUGCAGAGGUGGAUUUAUUGGGGAGACAGAUACAAAGCCGAAGUUGUUUGUGACAGAAGGAACAUAGAAAAAGAUAAAGAUAUUACAGUCAGCUAAAGAGAAGAACUGAAUAGGGUUUAGGGGAGCUGGGAAUGAUUAAAUAGUUCAAGGGUAAUGUAAAGAACUCAGGCAGGGGGGAAUCUUUUUAAAUAUCCCACCUCUGACACCAAUUGUGGAGAAAGAUGAUGGUUCUAUUAAUUAAUUAUUAUAUAUUUUAUAUCAGCUGCCACCAGUUAGUAAACAUGUUUUUAUUUAAACGCUGCCACCUGAGGUAAAAAUGUUUAUGAUGCGGCCACCAGAUGUUAAGGGGAUUAUCAACUCUUGCCACCACUAUAGGAAUACGUAGCCACUAGCUAUCUAGAGAGGAGACUUUUAUUUUUCUUCUUUCUUCUUGUUUAUUCUUGAUGUGUGUAUGUAUGACAGAGACUGAGAUGUUUGAGAGAACAACAACAAGUUUAUUCAGGCACAAGUUUAAUGGAUACAAUUCUCACUUAGAGGCACUUUCCUUAACAAUUGCAAUAACAGAAUGAGGUGAUUCAAGCUUCCUAAAAUGUCACUUCUUUCUCUACUGCCUAAACCUGCAGUUGCCCUGUGAAUUUCAGUCACAGACUAUCUGUUCCUUAUCUGGAAACAGGUUACCUUAAAAUAAGCCACCAAACUUAUUUUAAACUGACUCAAAUAAACUCUUGAGCCUCCCUGAUUCCCUCAACUGAGAAUCAGACUUCCCUGUACCUUAUCAGGGCACAGACUACCUAAAAUAAGUCACCAAACUUAUUUUAGAAUGGACUCAAAACCCACAUUUAAGCCACCCUGAUCCUCCAACUGAGAAUCAGACUUCCCUGUGGUUCGCUGACCACAGACACUGACUGACUGAGUUUCCCUCCAAAUUCUACUCUCUCUUCAGCUAACCCAGUUGGCUCCUCCCCCUUCUCCAUGGCAACCAACUCUGAGGGCUGAGUAACUGAAAUAUUAACCUUUUUUAAAACACAGUUAAACAUGGCAUCUGUAAAUUAAAAUUCAUACUUCUUUACAGGUAUCUAAUUGUGAUCCGUUUUGUCUUAAUACUUGUUAAUUCUUUUUUACAACUAUGUCUGGUUAUUCCUGCUAAGUUUUGGUCAUGCUUACCAUGGUGAACCCACUAAACAACACAGCAGAUGGUCCACAUGGGGCUCACCUUGAAGCCCAAGUACCCAAUCUAGAAGUGGAUCUUGAGGGGAAACAGGGCAAGGCAACGUACAGCAUAGGUUGCAACUGUGGGGCCAGCCUGGGUAGGGGAUCCAUCAUAACUUGUCAUUGAAGUCAGUGAUGAUGGAUCCAUCUCCCAGCUUCCUAAGUUAUUGAUUAAGGUGCCAUAUAAACUUGAUAGUCUGCAUUGUUUAAACUUUUCACCAGAUUUGAAGGUGCUAAUGACACAUAUGAUGCAACUGAAUGACACAACAUGCUAUACACUUCAAGGUUUGAGCAAAUAUUUGAGCUUCAAUCAACAUGCAAUGGGUUUACAUGCAACCAACUUUCCACUCUGUUAAAUGAAUUCUCAAAACUUUAUCUUCAUUUAUUUUGUUACUAUAUUUUUGAUAUGCAUUGCCUGAUGCCUAUGUUUUUUUGUGAUGGUCUUUUGUGGUUUAUGUCUAUUUGAGACCUGGUCCUCCUAUGUUUGUUUAUCUUCUGCAACUGUACAUGCGGAUAGUUUUCUGCAUGAGGACAGAUCAGUCUUGCUGGGCUUUGAAAUGGAGGGUAAAUGGUUGGGUUGCUGGCUGGCAGAUUGAUGUAUUGAUCUUGUUUGUUUCAGUUCUGAGAGGGAUUUACUUUAUAUCCUACUUUUUCUUUUAAUCAAUUCCUUUGAAGGACGGAUGCACAUUCUGUAUUUAAACCUCAGAACAACACUAUAAGGUUACUUAGACUAAGCAAAAGGGACUAGCUAGAGAAAGCUGCCUUUUCAAUUCUUUGUUUAACAGACCCGCACUCUCCAGAAUAAGUACAUGGGGUAGCUUUUACUUAGGGCCCUUCCACACAGGCAUAUGACCCAGAAUAUCAAGGCAGAAAAUCUCACAAUAUCUGCUUUGACCUGAGUUAUCUGAUUCCACUCUGCCAUAUAUUCCAGUUCAAAGCAGAAAAUGUGGGAUUUUAUUCAGCUGUGUGGUAGGACCAAACAGCGAGAGUCCAAAAGUGUCAGGCUAAAAACCUGGAACAUCAAUCAGUGGCUGACAUCAGAUGAGAGACUUCCUCCUGGGCACACAGUAGAUUGGGCGACUUGGAAGGCGCUGAACAGACUGCACUCUGGCACCACGAGAUGCAGAGCCAACCUUAAGAAAUGGGGCCACAAAGUGGAGUCCACAAUAUGCAAGUGUGGAGAAGAGCAAACCACAGACCACCUAUUACAAUGCAGCCUGAGCCCUGCCACAUGCACAAUGGAGAACCUUCGUAUAGCAACACCAGAGGCACUCCAAGUGGCCAACUACUGGUCAAAGGACAUUUAGUAUGAUACCAAAUUUUUAAAAACUUUGCUUGUGUCUGAAAUACAUUACAACUUGUACCCUCCGUUAGCUUCUGACACAAUAAAUAAAUAAUCUGGUUCUGCA